CAUGUGAGACUUGCACCCAAACGGGAUCUAGGACGAAUGAGAAGGCUCCGUCCGAUCCUGUGUUGUCUUGCCUGGAACAGAUCCGAGAGCAUUUGUCUGCUGAGAAUGAGAAUGCUCAGAAGAAGGAGACGCUAAAGCAGAAAUAUACGUGCCGGUUCUUUGCUGAAAAGUCAACAAGUGUGAGGAGUCUACAACGUGCUGCAACAUCUACCAAUUGGUAGGACAUCGACUAAAGAAUCUAAACAAACUAAGCAUCCAAAAAAUGUAGAGUGUUCGAGUGAGAGACCGGAACCAUCCAUUUGCUAUAACAGAUAUGCAAAGUGUCCCACGACUAGGAUGUUCAAAGUCUGCAAUGCGGCCCUGUUUAAGCAGCCACCAGUGUCAGGCCAUGCCCACAGAGAGGCACCGCUAGCUCAUGAACACAAGAGGUAUACUCCUGACAAUGGCUUCCUUGGCUCGGGGAAUGUUUCCGUGAGCAGCGGCAGUCACACUUCUCAUCAACAACAAUACCAAGUCGAGGGGGGAAGCAAUAAUUCUGGCCAAGAUGCCACAAGCAACAAUAGCCGGAACUCUGAUAAUGAUAAUGAACGUUGUUCCACAAUUUGUAGACCAGAAGGUGGCGUCUCAGAUACCCAAUGGAAUGAUAAACACACUGGAGCAACUAUGCGGAAAGAAGAUAGUUUCUAUGAAGAUGGUAGCCAAACGUCCCAUGGAUCACAACAGACGGAAGAGGGACGCGAUGGAAGGGCGCUGGAAAGAGAUGACGAGCCUCAAAGGAUGAGCGAGAGGAUGAACGACUUCAAGGCUAAGGAACAUCGAAUAAAGCAGCGAUCUCAAUCGGCACCAGCAAAUAUCAAAUACAGUGAUGGCAGCCAAUACUAUAGGGAACCAAACAGGGGUAAUCAGGCGCAGAUAAAACAUGUAGUUCGCCAGGUCUCGGACAGAAGUGAGGAAGAAGUACUCGCCACAAUUAUGGCAACCAAUAGGAAAAUAUUUGAGAACAAAAGAUGUUCCCCACAAGAACAGCCAGUGCUGCUGAUGCCCUUUCGUGUAGAAAACCAAAAUAUUGGACAAGGCAAGGCAAAGGAAUGGCGGAAGCUGACCUUGACAAAUGUUACCAAAGUCACACCCAAGCAAUUUCGUAUAGUUUCGGGGUAUGCCAAUGGGUCUGCCUCUGGUUCAAGUCGAGUUCCGAAAGCUAGUCCUCCAUAUGCUAGAGCUGUGCCCAGGAGAGCUCCACCGGCAGCUGUUCAAUGUCGCCCAUCGCAAGGUCAGGCUCAGUCUAGGGCUUAUCCAACGUCAGCACUAAGAUGUCCCCGUCAUCCUAAUGGACCAAUCUCUAACCGUAAUGGGAGAAACCCCAUUGCAUGCAACAGUUUUAGAACAGCAGCUCCAAGGAACAGAGAACAGCUCCAGUCUGAGUGCAGAGAAGUUGCGCCCACCCGUAGGAAUCAGCCAGCAUCUGUCAACUCAUUUGAGGACAGGGCGAGUCGACAACCAGCUCUUUCAGCUGACAGCAGUGAUAAUACAGGCCCUUCAGCUGUUCCCCCUCAACGUGGGCUGAACGCAGUCCAGGGGUCUCGCAACAAACCUUGACGGAGCAAACCCAAUGUCCAACCUGCCUGGCCGCAUGCAGGCCACAAUGCAAAGAGAGGAGCUUGGAAACGGUGACCCUGAUGCAGCCACGACCAUUGC